AUGUUCAAUAUAAACAAUGAUUGUCAACAACAACAAUUAAUUAAAUUGGAUGAAAAAUAUAUUCAACAAGUGUGCUUGUCGUCACAAACAUUCUCAUCAAUUAGUGGUAAUGAUAAUCGUUUUUCUACAACAAUAAUAACAACAAAUUCAUCAUCAUCUUCUCAUGAGGAUACUCAAUUAUCAACAACACAUACAAUUAAACCAAAACGUCAUCGAACUCGUUUUACACCAGCACAAUUGAAUGAACUUGAAAGAUCAUUUACUAAAACUCAUUAUCCAGAUAAUUUUAUGCGCGAAGAAUUAGCUGUUCGAAUUAGUUUAACAGAAUCUCGUGUUCAGAUUUGGUUUCAAAGCCGUCGUGCCAAAUGGAAAAAGCGUAGGAAAAAUAUUAACAUCUUUCGACAACAUUGUCAAUCACAAGAUCCUCAAUCAUUAAGUACAUAUGGAUGUUUAAUAAAUACGUCAAUAGAUGGACAACCUUUAUUGACAUCAUUACCACAAACAGAUCAUUACCAUCAUCAUCAUUUUAAAUGGCCAAUAGAUAAUAAUAAAAAUUCGAAUCAAUUCUCUUUUUCGUCGAUGGAUCAAACAUGCUCACCCCAUUUUUAUUCAUCAAAUGCAAUGACUGCUUGUAUCUGUGUACCUCCACCACCUCAUUCACUCUUUUCUACGUCAUUACCGUCAAUAAUUAAUGUCGAUCCGAUUAAUUUGUGUUCAUCAUCAUCAUAUAACUUACCAUUUCCUCCGGCAUCUACGACAAUUUCUACACAUUUAAUAGCAAAUGGUGAUGAAGCUAUUUGGCGUGGUUCGAGUAUUGCCACUCUAAGACGUAAAGCUGUUGAAUAUCAAGUGGGACACAGUAGUAAUUAUAGACAAUCGAUUUCAACUGAAUUUUUAAACAAUUGA